UGGGUACUUCUGCAUCUACAGUUAUUUUACAUAUCUUCGUGCACGUCAAUGCUACUUGUGUGUACAGAUGCAGUGACAACUUAGCUGUACCUACAAGAUUGGAAUAAAGGCUUGAGUAAAAGGAAAGGACAUUAAGACCAUUACAGUGAGUCACUGUCUCCAUCUUGAGGAGCUGAAAUGGCUUUUUCACAGAUCCGCCUGAAAAUCUUCCCCAGUGUUCACUGUCUCUUCGAUAAAAUGGUACAGGUAAAAGUUGAGGGACUUGCUCCUUACAAACAAGUUCAGCUGAGGUCCAAACUAGUUGAUGACAGAGGGGUGAUUUUCAAGGCUUCUGCCCUGUACAAAGCAGAUGAAACUGGCCAGGUGGACGUGUGCCGUGCACCUUCUCUGGGAGGAAGUUACACUGGUGUGGAGCCCAUGGGUUUGUUUUGGUCCAUGGCACCGGAGACGCCGCACAGUAAACUCUUGAAGAAGAACGUCGUCAGCCCAACAUUGGUAGACAUAGAAGCGCUGUGUGGAGAGACUGGUGAGGUCUUAGCGUCUGAAACCAACGAGAGAGGCUACAUGACAGAGGGGAUGAGGAGAAUACCUGUGCAAGAGGGAAGAAUACGAGGAGUCCUCUUCGUACCACCAGGAAAGGGUCCAUUCCCAGGAAUAGUGGAUUUGUACACAUUUGGUGGUCGUCUUACAGAGGCCAGAGCCAGCCUCUUGGCCAAUAAAGGUUUUGUUGUUCUGGCUUUGGCUUAUUUUGGCUACGAGGGUUUGCCAAAAAAACCUAAAAAGUUGGAAUUGGAGUACUUUGAAGAAGCUGUAACAUAUCUGAGGAGACAGCCAGAGGUUAAAGGUCCUGGGAUUGGCAUCAUCUCAAUCUCCCACAGUGGCGGUUUGGCUUUGGCCAUGUCAUCUUUCCUCUCUGGGAUCUCAGCAACCGUCUGUAUUAACACCUGCAAUGCAAAUACUGUGAUUCCUUUACACUACAAAGACAUUGUAAUGCCUCCACUUCCCCCUGUCAUCUGGAAGAUCAGAAUCACAACCUCUUGGCUUUUAAAUAUACGCAAUGCCUUAUCUGACCCUUCCUUGGAAAAGAACAAGGCGUCAUUGAUUCCGAUCGAACGUGCCAGCUGCCAGUUCCUAUUUGCUGUUUCUGAAGAUGACUGCAAUUGGAACAGUCCGUUAUUUGCCGAGCAGGCUGCCGCAACACUGAGAAAACACGGCAAAGAGUCUUUUGAGGUGGUGACAUACCCGAAAGCCGGACACUUUUUGGAAGUCCCUUACAUGCCUUAUUGUCCGUCUGCGUUCCAUGCGGCAGUUGGAAGGGAAGUGGUGUUUGGUGGUGAGCCAAAAGCCCACAUUGAGGCUCAGCUGGACCUGUGGGAAAGGGUCCAGGAGUUCUUCAAGAGCCACUUGGACACUUAGAGUGAUUGUUAGCGAGCAGUGCUUAACCUUGUCUUUAGAGUCUAAUGAAUGAGGGAUAUUAAAUUAUGCUGUCUGGGUGUUCUCAUGUUGAAGCUGUGGUUUUAUGACUUUUCUGGACCAUAAACAAUUAUAGCAUAUUUUGUUCCAACUGAGUUUUUUUCUUAUAAGCUUCAAUGAACCACACAACACAAAAGUAUGCAUUCAGAUAUAUUUAAUAUUCACAGCAGAUAUUUUGACCAGGAAAAUAACAGGUGGCGCUAACACCGAUAAUAAUGACACUUCUGUUUUGUUUAAGUAUUCAGCUAAGGCAAGGCACUGAGUGAGCAUGCUCAAUACCAGGACCCUGGACCUGAUGCAUUGUAAGGUAAUGUAGCAAUCAUGUGCUUCUCCUACAAUGACACCACAAAAUGUCUGCCUUGAAAACAACCAACAACACUCCUUGUGUUAGUGUCAAAUGCAGUGUUAUGAUUAUUAAUUUCCAGUAUGUACCGAUCAGCCAAAACAUUAAAACCACUGACAGGUGAAGUGAAUAACAUUGAUCAUUUUGUUACAGUGCAUUGCUCUUCUGAGGAACCUUGGUUCCUGCCAUUCAUGUAGAUGCUACUUGACAUGCUACAUCCACCCAAAUGACAAGUCAGACCAAGUACACCCCUCUAUUGGCAACUGCCGGCUCGGCAGGUGUGACUAAGCUCAAGACCUUGACCUGGCCUCCCACAUCCCCAGAUCCCAAUCCGAUCGAACAUCCAUUGGGCAUGCCAGUACCUUACCUCACAAUGCACAGGACUCAAAGAAUCUGUCCACAACGCCUUGGUGCCAGACAACCAAGGACACCCACAGAGAUCCUGUCUCUAGGCCUUGACAGGUCAGAGGCCUCAUCAUAGAUCACACUUGCUCUGACCUGUCGAGGCCCGGACAAAGGACCUCCGGGGUUCCGGUUUGUCCCACAGAUGCUUGAUCCGAUUGGGAUCUGUGAAAUUUGAAAGCUCAGCCGAUGCCUUGAGCUCUUCGUCACAUUCCUUAACCUGGCCUCCAAAAUUCCUCAGAUCCCAAUCCGAUCGAACAUCAGUUGGGCAUGCCGGUACCUUACCUUGCAACCCACAGGGCCCAAAGGAUCUGUCCACAAUGCCUUGGUGCCAGACAACACAGGACACCCCCAGAGGUCCUUUGUCUAGGCCUCGACAGGUCAGAGGCUCCAUUAUAGAUCAGACUUGACUCUGACCUGUCGAGGCCUGGACAAAAGACCCCCGGGGCACUGGUUUGUCCCACAGAUGCUUAAUCAGAUUGGGAUCUGUGAAAUUUGAAAGCUAGGUUGAUGCCUUGAGCUCUUUGUCACAUUCCUGAACUUGGCCUCCAAUAUUCCCCAGAUCCCAAUCUGAUCGAACAUCCAUUGGGCAUGCUGGUACCUUACCUCACAACCCACAGGACUCAAAGGAUCUGUCUACAACGCCUUGAUGUCAGACAACACAGGACACCCCCAGAGGUCCUGUUUCCAUGCCUCGAAAGGUCAGAGGCCCGAUCAUAGAUUGGACUUGACUCUGACCUGUUGAGGCCUGGACAAAGGACCUCCUGGGCACCGGUUUCUCCCACAGAUGCGUGAUCAUAUUGGGAUCUGUGAAAUUUGAAAGCUAGGUCGAUGUUUGGCCAUUCCUGAGAGGUUUUUACAGUGUGGCAUGGUGCAUUGCCUUGCUGGGGGGCUACUGCCAUCAGGGGUACUUUUGCAAUGAGUGGGGUUACUUGGUCUAUAACAAUGUUUAGGUGGAUGGAGUUCGUAAAGGGGCAUCCACAUGAAUGCCAGGACCAAAGGUUUUUCAGCAGAACAUUGCACUGUAAUGAAA